CCUCAUCGUUAAACCUAACAUUCUGCACGGCCACUGAAUCCAUUCGCUUCGUCACUUGUUGAAGUUCUUGUAGAUCCAUAAAAAUAAGAAUAUAAUAUUGUGAUGUCUGGGGAAGAAUUUGAUGGGCAUGAUGAUAUGGGAGGGUAUGUGCCUGAGGACCCUGGUUUUCAACAAGAUCAUUCUGUUGAUCUUGAUGAGGGGAAUGUGUUUGAUAGCUCUGGUUUUCCUCAGCUGCAUCAACUUGAUGAACACCAUGAUCCAGGAAAUUUUGCUGAGGAUGCCAAUCCUCCUGUGAAUGAUUUUGCUGGCUAUGAUGUUGGAGAUUUUCCGGAAGACCCCAGUUCUCCACAAGAGGAGCAUGUCAUUGAAGAAAAUCAUGAUGUAGGAGAUGUAACUGAGAAUUUUGGUUCUGUGCCACAAGAAGGGCAUGAGAAUGAUUCCCAAGGACAUGAAAUUAAGAAGUGGCCUGGGUGGCCUGGAGAGAAUGUCUUCAGGAUGUUGGUCCCGGUGCAAAAGGUUGGCAGUAUUAUUGGCCGGAAGGGUGAGUUUAUUAAGAAAAUCACAGAAGAAACUAAGGCGCGAAUCAAAAUUCUUGAUGGUCCUCCUGGAACCAUGGAAAGAGCUGUAAUGGUAUCGGCAAAAGAAGAGCCAGAUUGGACCAUACCACCUGCAGUUGAGGGUUUGUUAAGGGUUCAUAAACAAGUCAUCAAUCUUGACCAUGACUCGGCAGACACAUCAGGUGCUGGGCCCUCAAUUAUCACUAGGCUUCUAGUUGCAGAUACUCAAGCAGGAAGUCUGAUUGGGAAGCAGGGUUCCACCAUAAAAUCCAUUCAAGAUGGCUCUGGUUGCAUUAUACGUGUUCUUGGAUCAGAAAACCUACCUGUGUUUGCUUUGAGAGACGAUAGUGUUGUUGAAGUACAAGGUGAACCUGCUGGAGUUCAUAAGGCAGUUGAACUUAUUGCAGUUCAUUUGCGUAAGUUCUUGGUUGACCGCAGCAUAGUCGGAGUAUUUGAAACAAAGAUGCAAAUGCCAGAUGUUCGAGUCAACCACAAUGCACCCCCACGCCAACCUUGGGUUCCUCCUCCUCAAGGGUUUCCAGCUCCUGGUGGUGGUGGGCCUGCUUUUGCACCACCUAGUCAGCAAUAUAUGCCACCAUCACAUCCCUAUGAUAAUUAUUACCCAACAGCCGACAUGCCUCCUAUGGACAAACAAUUCCAUCAGGCUCCACUAUCUGCUUAUGGCAGGGAUCCUUCCGCUGGAAUUCAUCCACCAAGUGCACAACCACAACAGUCUGCUGCAACUAAGGUUACACAGCACAUGCAAAUUCCUCUAUCAUAUGCAGAUGCUGUUAUUGGAGCAUCAGGUGCAAAUAUCAGUUACAUUCGUCGUGCUAGUGGAGCAAGUGUUACGGUUCAGGAGACAAGGGGAGUGCCAGGGGAGAUGACUGUUGAAAUAAGUGGGACUACAUCAGAGAUACAGGCAGCCCAACAGCUGGUUCAGAACUUUGUCGCUGAAGCUGCAAGUGCUGCCCAGGAUCAAGUGGCGGGAGCAAUUAGCCAAGGUUACAGUUCCUAUCCAACUAAUGCUCCAGCAUAUGCUUCUCCGCCCUCUAGCACUGCUGGCCAUGUGCCUUCUUCCGAGUAUGGCCCCAUGUAUGGUACCAAUUAUGGUUAUUAAGAAGCUAUAUUCAAUUUUUGUGUAGUUCUUGUUGGGGUGUAUUUUAUGGUUUUAUGGUGGGCUAGGAUUUCUUUUAUUUUCUUCUUUCUUCGUAGGUGGUGGCAUUGUUGGUCUUGUCAUGGUUUUCUGGCUGGAAUAAUGCCCCAUUUAAACAUUCAUAUGGUAUAAAACUUGCAUUUGUUCUU